AGGGGCUGGGGCGGGACUUCCCUGGGCACUGAGUCAAAGCUUGAGGGGAGUGUCCGCUCCCGCAUUUUCGAUUCCGCUCGCUGCCGUUUCUGUCGCUGCAGUCGUACGCGGGUAAGGCCCUCCCUAGACCCUUUAUACCUGCAUUACCUUUCGGAGGUCAAGACACCUCCUGUUGCCGCCUCCUCGCCCAACACACAGGCGCCCCCCGCACGGGUACCAAGCUUGACUAACGGCCUCUCGGGGUGUGUGGUGGGACUUGAAAUCCUCCCUUAAUGAAGUCACACCUCCGUCCGCUUCCACCCGGUCGGCCCAUGGCAGAGCCCCCAUGGAGCCCAGGAAUCGGCUUGGCCCUUCGGGGAGGUCAGCGUCCUUACUAUCCCCACUCUCCAGUGCGGCACAUUCGCUCCACUAGGACUCCGGCCGGUUGCUGGCCCCAGGCGGUGCUUCUCCCCACCACUGCCCAGCUCAGCUCAGCCCAGCCCAGCCCACUCUGCCCUUAGAGAACCUUCUCCCCAAAGACUCACUCCAGAAGUCUCGCCCUCGUGCAGCUGAGGAGCCUGGGAUCCCAGACCUGAACCAGUGAAACCCCCGCCCCCGAAGAAUGGGUAAGACGUUUUCCCAGCUGGGCUCUUGGCGGGAGGAUGAGAACAAGUCAAUCCUGUCCUCCAAACCAGCCAUUGGCAGCAAGGCUGUCAGCUACUCCAGCACCGGUAGCAGCAAGUCUUUUUGUUCCUGUGUGCCUUGUGAAGGAACUGCUGGUGCCAGCUUCGUGACUUGUCCCACCUGCCAGGGCAGUGGCAAGAUUCCCCAAGAGCUGGAGAAGCAGUUGGUGGCUCUCAUCCCCUAUGGGGACCAGAGGCUGAAGCCCAAGCACACGAAGCUCUUUGUGUUCCUCGCUGUGCUCAUCUGCCUGGUGACCUCCUCCUUCAUCGUCCUUUUCCUGUUUCCCCGGUCCAUCAUUGUGCAGCCUGCAGGCCUCAACUCCUCCACAGUGGCCUUUGAUGAGGCUAACAUCUACCUCAACAUAACGAAUAUCUUAAACAUCUCCAAUGGCAACUACUACCCCAUUAUGGUGACACAGCUGACCUUCGAGAUUCUGCAUCUGUCCCUCGUGGUGGGGCAGGUUUCUAACAACCUUCUCCUACACAUUGGCCCUUUGGCCAGUGAACAGAUGUUUUACACAGUAGCCACCAAGAUACGGGAUGAAAACACGUACAAAAUCUGUACCUGCCUGGAAAUCAAAGUCCACCAUGUGCUUUUGCACAUCCAGGGCACCCUGACCUGUUCAUACCUGAGCCAUUCAGAGCAGCUGGUCUUUCAGAGCUAUGAAUAUGUGGACUGCCGAGGAAACGCAUCAGUGCCCCACCAGCUGACCCCUCACCCACCGUGACCUGUCUGCUGUCCCUGUACUCCAGGCACCUGCAACCCUGGUCUAUAUCUCCCACAACUCCAUGGUGACUAAGGAAGGACUACAGAGGCUUUGCCAAAGGAGAAGCCCUGCUUCAUUACACCCUUACCUCCCACCCCCUCAGCACAGGAAGCUUGCUUUGAAGUUAACUUCAUACACACACACUCAUAUCCUCCAGUUUUCCCCAGAUUCUUUUAGGGGCUGCCAUCAGAUUCUGCCCUUGGUUAGUCUUUUUUUUUUUUUUUGGUAGAGACAGUCUCACUGUUGGUCCAGGUUGGUCUUGAACUCCUGGGCUCAAGCGAUCCUCCCUUCUUGGCCUCCCAAAGCACUUGGAUUACAGAUGUGAGCCACUGUGCCUGGCUGGUCUUUCUUGAGGAAAAUCUGACCUGGCAUUUUCUUGAGGCACCUUAGAUUCCCUGGAGUGGCACCUGGCCUUUCUGUACUGAGCACCUGCUCGGUCUGAAGGGGCCAUUUCACCCCAGCUCCAUCAGGGCUGGCCGUCCUGUCUGAAUGUGGAGAGAGCUGUAGUUUUAUCUGGCUUUUAAAACAUAGACCUGCCGGCUGGGCGCAGUGGCUUACGCCUGUAAUCCCAGUACUUUGGGAGGCCGAAGCGGGUGGAUCACUUGAGGGCAGGAGUUCGUGACCAGCCUGGCCAACAUGGUGAAACCUUGUCUCUACUAAAAAUACAAAAAUUAGCCGGGUGUGGUGGCACGCGCCUGUAAUCCCAGCUACUAGGGAGGCUGAGGCAGGAGAAUCACUUGAAACCGGAAGGCAGAGGUUGCAGUGAGCCAAGAUCAUGCGACUGCACUCCAGACUGGGCAAAAGAGCAAAACUCUGUCUCAAAAAAAAAAAAGGAAACUUUUCAAGUUUUCUACCCUCUGAUAAGAAAAUUUGGGGAUAUCCAGUGCCAUCUCCAAGGACUUUCAGGGGAAUCACUUGAAACCGGAAGGCAGAGGUUGCAGUGAGCCAAGAUCAUGCGACUGCACUCCAGACUGGGCAAAAGAGCAAAACUCUGUCUCAAAAAAAAAAAAAGGAAACUUUUCAAGUUUUCUACCCUCUGAUAAGAAAAUUUGGGGAUAUCCAGUGCCAUCUCCAAGGACUUUCAGGGGAUCAUAGAUGCUUUUCUGUGCCUAUCUGCUUUGACCAUGUGAAAAAGUGAUAGUCUGCUUCUCUCUGGUAACUUGUCUGCCACCCAUCUGAUAGUAAGAUUAGCCAAGGCCCUUUAGCCCUCUGUCCUUUCUGGUUAUUGACUGUUCCUGGUUCCUAGAAAGACAGAGUUGUUCUCCAGCUAAAGCGUCUUCUCUCUAUAAAGCAGUUUUACUAUUCUUUUCAUAGCGGGAGCCAAAAUAGUAGAGGAGGGGAGGGAGGCACCUGGCACUCUGUGGGCCUGCACAGGAAAAACAGAGCCAAAGGCAGAAUCAUUGUAUAAGAUAUUUAUUAAAGGAGAGCCUCUAAGUCCACAUCCUGAGCCCAUGUGAGGGGACACAGGUAGGUCAAACGGUGGGCCCAGCUGCUGUCAUCUGAAAGCCUGCAGGAGAUGAAGCUAUCAGUAUCCAGCUGAAGGCUGCUGGGUUCUGUUCCACCACCACCUUAGCACCAGGGCCCACUCUGGUCCCAGAGGCCUCAUCUCUCCUUGGGCUUUGACAAUGUGGAGCAGCACAUCAGCAGGGACUGCUCUAGACCCUCCCUUUCCUGUCACUCAGCUGGGGCUAAGCCCCAGAUAACCCCUAGGUUCCCACUGGCUCCUAGUAGAAAUGGUUUCUGUACUUUAGCAGAACAGGAAGGAUAUUUGUUCAUUAAAGGUGGCUUGGUCUUACAGCUGGGUGCAGUGGUAUAUACCUAUAGUCCCAGCUACUCAGGAAGCUGAGGUGGGAGGAUCUCUGGAGCCCAGGAGUUGAAGUUUAACAUGAGCAGCAACAUUAGCAAGACCCCGUUUAAAAAAAAAAAAGAGCCGGGCAUAGUGGCGCACACCUGUAAUCCCAGCUACUCAGGAGGCUGAGGCAGGAGAAUCACUUGAACCCGGGAGGCAGAGGUUGCAGUGAGCCAAGAUUGCGCCACUGCACUCCAGCCUGGGCAACAGAAGUGAGACUCUGUCUCAAAAAAAAAAAAAAAAAAAAAAGAUGGCUGUCUCUUUAUCAUUCAGACAGAAAGAUGAACACAGGUGAGCGGGGAGAGCUAAAUUUGAAGUAGGAUGCAUGGAGAGGGAGAAGUGGUGACAGAACUUGGUAACAAGCUGGCUGGGGGAACGAGGGGAAGGAAGGAGACUGCUGUCUCCAAGCUGAGGUCAGGGUGGUGUUGGCAAGAGCGCAAAAGUCCAGGGAAGCCAGGCUGGAGCUGCUGUGUAUAGACUGCCAAAUGCGAAGUAUUUAUAUUGUAUUCAAUAAACUAUACUUAAGAGUGUUCAAAAAA